AUGGUGAAUCAUAGGAACGGUGAUAGCAUUAUUAAUCAGGAAGAUGGGAGAAAGAGCCCAUCAACCAUCUCUAGAGGUGGUGGUGGAGCUACAAGAUCGUGGGGCCCCACUAUUUCCGGCCAAUCUGUGUCCACUAGCGGCAGCUUGGGGUCCCCCUCCAGCCGGAGUGAGGCUGCCAUGGCAACACCAGCUAGUGAUAGCACAUUUGUUCGGUUGAACAAUCUCGAAAUUCAAGGGGAUGAUGCUGGGUCUCAGGAGCCUGCUGGGAAGAAGAAGAAAGGCCAACGUGCAGUUGGAGGUGAUAAAAGUGGUCGAGGGCUUCGCCAGUUUAGCAUGAAAGUUUGUGAGAAAGUGGAAAGCAAAGGGAGGACUACAUAUAACGAGGUGGCAGAUGAACUUGUUGCUGAAUUUACAGAUCCCAACAAUAAUCUUGCAACACCAAACCAGCAACAAUAUGAUGAGAAGAAUAUACGUCGAAGGGUAUAUGAUGCUCUCAAUGUGCUAAUGGCAAUGGAUAUAAUUUCUAAAGAUAGAAAAGAAAUUCAGUGGAAGGGUCUGCCUAGGACGAGCUCGAGUGACAUUGAAGAAUUAAAGACUGAAUGUAUUAGGUUGAGAAAUAGAAUUGAAAAGAAAGCUGCAUAUCUUGACGAGCUGGAGGAACAAUACAUUGGUCUUCAGAACCUCAUACAACGUAAUGAGAAACUGUAUGGUUCGGGAGAUGCCCCAAGUGGUGGAGUGGCCUUACCGUUUAUUUUGGUUCAGACUCGUCCUCAUGCAACUGUGGAGGUUGAAAUAUCAGAAGACAUGCAGCUUGUGCAUUUCGAUUUUAAUAGCACCCCAUUUGAGCUACACGACGAUAAUUACGUUCUUAAGGCAAUGAAUUCCUGCAUGAAAACAUCCGCAAAUUGCACGGCACAUAAUAUCCGUAAUGUUGGAGGAGAAAAUUCGAGAAUGGCCAAUUUGUACCGAAAAUCUCAACAAACAUCCCAUCAUCAGAGAACAAACUUAUCCGGAUAUUGA